CGAGCUGGAGCAGUGUGACAGCGACGACGGUGCAAUUUCCACGAAGAGAGGCGAGCAGAGUCGGCGAAUUUGACUGUUUCCUGCGGAGGACAAGGUGGGAAUUGCCCCGUCCCGUGCUCGCGGUGGUCCGCAUUUAUGAUGUUCCCUCGGUCCCGGCAGCUCGCUGAGUCUCGGAAGCCUCGACUCCGGGUGUGUCUGUGACCAUUGAUUGACUUGCGCAAAUUGUCUCUCGGUUGCUGCACGAAGCGUGGCUGCUGUCUGUCUUGUUCGGGCCAUCCCCGAGGAGAUAAGAGAUGCUCGCCCUGGCUCUGUUUCUUGUGAAUGUGUGAUGUUUUCGAAGGUGCGUGCCCGGGAAGAUUUGGAGUUGCUUCUUCUCAUGGGACGAAGGAUGAUGGCUCCCAAGCUCUCGUGCUGUCAGUUCUGGUGCAAGCAGAUUUUAUGUUGUUGUUGCAGGAGGAGUUGUGGCUGCUGCUAGAUGUGGUCGUGGAAAGAUUCAUGGCCGAAUUCGUUCACUUCGUACGAGGUUGUUAACCCGUUCUGCUUCUGGCGCCAUUGGAGCAUGACCUGGGAAAGGCCUUGAAUGCAUUCACCCGUAUUCGGAUGCUCUAGUACCUGGGAUUGAGGUUUCUGCCUCAGCGAGCGAGCUCAUUCACGGAGAGUUUCAAAUCUACGCCUCGAGGCUUCUGGGAUUCAUCUGGUUUCGGUAUGUUCGGAGCGUUCGGAACUGGAAACUGCGAGUGCGAGCCAAAUGCGAAUCUAUUUGUUAAGGAGUGGUUCAGUGACUGCGUGUAUACAACAUGGGAUUUGGCUGGCUUCUGCAUUGGACUCUCCUCUGUCUUAUUCUGGAUCGUGGCGCAAUUGCCACAGUUUAUAAGCAACAUAAAGCAUCAAAGUGCUGACGCUCUUUCUCCCUGGUUCCUCUUCCAGUGGCUAUCGGGAGAUUCAUUCAAUCUGCUGGGCUGUCUUCUAACUGGUGAUCAGUUGGCCACGGAGACUCUCACUGCCACUUACUUCAUUUUUUCCGAUUGCUUAAUCAUCAGUCAGUACAUAUUUUACAGCAUACGUGCGAAGGAGAAGCUUGUUUUAACCGAGGAAGAAAAGGAAGCAGAGGAUGUUGUCAUCAAGGCGGUCACCGAGUAUCAACCUCCCACACCGGACGACCUUUUGGAGUUCCGGAAGCGGCUGGCCAAGAUGACCAUAGUAAUUCCUGAUUCAGGAGAGUAUAUGCGUCAUAUACAUGACACUGGUGGACCGGUACAAGAUAGAAAUGGAAAUCACCUCCUUGCAAAUGUCCAUCAGUAUCAUCCUGUCACAUACGUGGCUGGCCGUUCAGGAGCUGCUAUGAUUACUCAUGCAAUGCAGUCUCCUCUUAGUAUUGAUCAAUCACCACGUGCGGAUGUCGUGAAGAAGUUUUCAGCAACUCCAGCUGAGCAAGAGAAAGGAAGGUUAACAACACAAGUUUUGGAAGACAAGACGAAGUCUGAAGCUCAGAUCCGUGCUAACAGCUGUUUGACGAGGGAGGAAUUGAUUCGAUGCCUGCAGAGGCGUUUAGAUAUCUUAGAACAUGGUGACCUUCUCGAGCUUGAGUGCCAGAGGUUGUUCUCGUCGGAAAAGGAGAUGCAACGUCAAAAGCGUUCAGUGGCGAAUCGUUAUGGAUUGGAUUGUGGUCCUCCACAUGCAUCCAGAAUCACUAUCCACCACACUAGCAGCUUACUUAAGCAUGAGGUGGAGAGGAGGAGGACUAGACUAAAAGGCUUAAGACAUAUUCCGCAUAAGCUUCUAUCGAAGCCGCCUGUUAGAGGUGCUGCUUGUUUGGCCAGUUUUAUUGCUGUGGGGACUUCCACAAAUUAUUUCAAAACCUCGGGGCGGUCCGAAAGUUUUCUACCUCAGACCACAGGUUAUCGAAGAAUGCUCGAGGAGAAACGGACUGGUUCAACCUGGAAGGCGGUCGGCGUUCUUUGUGAAGAGAGCUUCCGUUCCCCAUGGGUGAAAGCCGUAGGAACCUGGCUUGGGUGGGCAUCGUCUGGACUUUAUCUGGGUUCACGGAUUUCUCAGAUUGCACUAAAUGGUCGACGACAGUCGGCAGAGGGUUUAUCUCUGGCAAUGCUAACCUGCGCUGCUUGUGCAAAUUCUUGCAUGGGUAUCUCUAUACUGAUGCGAUCGGAGUCUUGGAAUGAACUUGAAGCCAAGGCACCUUGGCUCUUGGGGAGCUUGGGUACAGUAUCAAUGGACAUCUUCAUCGUUUGUCAGGCGAAAUACUUUGAGAGUCGGAAGCGGAGUUCUGUACGAGUUCAAUGCGAUGAACGCCAACCUCUUCUAGUUUGAGCGAAAUGCAUCAUCUUGACGAAAAGUUUUUUUCAAGUUGUAUAUAAUUGUGAUAUUAAAUUUUAUUGAUGUCAAAUCAGCACAUCAGCCAAUCUUACACUCUAGUUCGAGGCCACCCACGUGGCCUAUAGUGUUGUACAUGUAUCAUGUUCCAGGUAAUCAGAUAACGCCUAUGUAACAAUUGAAUCGUUUAGGCAAUGGCUUUCCAGCUAUCUUGAACAUCAAGCUUUUAUAAAAUGAAAAAUGUAAGCAAUAAAACAAAAUU